AUGCAAAACAAUGAUAGGUUAGGAAUGCCAACUGGGGGAGAGCAACAAGUCCCUCAGUUCAAGCAACAGGCACUCAAUCAACAACAACAGCAACAACUACAACAUCCACUCAAUCAACAACAACAAACUGAUCAACAUCAACCCCAUCCACAACAACCACAAGAACAACUUCCAAUGUAUGAAGAUCAUCAACAGCAAGGUCAAAGGCUGAUGCCAAAACAACAACAGUUCCAGGUUGGAGCUCAUGAGUUUGGACUCCUACCAGUUGCCCAACAACUACAACAGCUAGGUCAUGUGCCACAUCCACAGCAGCAGCAACAACACCAAACCUUCAUUCAUCAACAACUUGAGAUUGGAGCAUUCGGCCAGCAACUUCAAUCCAAUCCAAUUCAAGUUGAUCAAUAUGGCUUGCCAAUGCAGGAACAGCAUCAACAACAAAUCCCUUACUAUCAACAACAGAUGGCUCGUUCAAUGCAGCCACAACAGCACAACCAAUACAUGGGACAACAACAACUUCAACAACAACAACACCAUGUACCAGUGGUCCAGAUGAUUGAGCCAACAACUAGAUAUGAGUUCAGGCUUAAUGCCUCAGUGACCAUUGGAAUCAAUCCAAUCACAGAUGUCGCAAUGGUCAUCAACUUCUUGACAAAGACAUUCACCAUUGUCGUCGACAGAAAUGUACAAUACUACUCCGCAACCAUCAACUUUAGCGACAUUGAUCGUAUCUCGUUCAAAGGACAGAUGAUAAAUAUGAUCCAGAAAGAGAAGCCAGUUGUUAGUGAUGAGACUAGCUUUGUCCGUCGCAAGGUGACGACGAUACCACUGAGGGACUCGAUCAGGAAGUAUGCCAGAUUGACAAUUGGCAUCUCUUGUGAUGCCACGACACUAGAGGAGUUCAGGGUAGCAAUGUACUCGGAUCCACAACUUAGCAAGGUGUUUAGGAAUGAGUCCGAGAUCCUCCUAAUGAGUGCCACUGUGGAGAUUGGCCAGCUGUCAAUAUACGUGUUUGACGAGACCCUAAAGUUGACCAACGAGGUGUUCAGUAAGCAGCCAUUCUACAAGCUAGUGCAUGAGUUUGUCUUUUAUAACAAGUACAACUAUGGCGAGACGAUGUCCAAGGAUUCCAUGAAGUCCUGGACCAACAAGCUUGUGGCGGCUCUCGCUACACCUGAGCUCUUCGCGCCUGCCCUCCUGUCCGAACGCUAUCUCGAGCUUCUCUCCAACAACACACUCUAUCCAUCAUUCGCAAUCAAUCUAUUGAUGCACAUUGAUAACUCACUUGGACGAGACUCACAUAUACCGAACUUUGAGCGACACUUUACCACCCCUCAGGUCACUUGGACAUUGAAUGAGGCCAGUCUACGCCUGCGUCAAGACACUGAUAGCAUAUUGACAAAGUUCAUUGAUAGACUGUUGGUGUUCAAGACGGAGGACAAGUCGAUGCUCAAUAUCAUGGCCAUCAUGGGUCUCUCAAUCAUUGACAUUGGUGUCGACGAGAAGUUCUUUGAGAUCUUCAGGAGGACGCUCCUAUUUGUCAAAGAGAAUGGCAAUAUCCACUCAGCAAGCUUCAUCACACGAUUCCAAAACACAGCCAAUCAGAAGGAUUUCAUUGCACAGUUUGUCAAGACCUUUAAGCUGCUUGAGAAGACCAUUGACGACCCUGAGUCGUACCCAGCUAUGUUUAACCUGCUCGAGGAGUUGAUCCGGCAAACAAAGGGCGUGCCAGGAUAUGACUUGCUUAAUGGACUGUACAGUGAUUGUGAACUUCUCGAUCUUGAUGUCGUCAAGUAUCGAUUCCAUUUACUCGUUUGCCUGAUGGAGAAGUCUUAUAAUACAUUCCCACAGAAUCAGAGUGGACGAUUGUUCUGUCACCUUAUGAGCUGCGAUGCCACCUACUUCUUGGAUCAAUACAACAACAAUAUGACGAAUAGAACUCGCGAUGCACUUAGAACAUGUUUGGACAACCACUUAUCAGCGCAGCAGGAUAUCAAACAGGUCCUAAUACUGUGCAAGCACAACGAGCUGCACUUCUUGAUCAAGAAACACCUCAAAGUGGAGUCGAUCUUCAAGUUCAAAGAGUACGCGUCAGUGUUCAAUUCUACAAUCCUACCCUUACUCAAUGUGAUAUACAAUGGCGAGCCACUCAAUGACAACUUCCACACACUCCAACGUCUUUGUACCGACCAGCUCAACACCUUCCAGCGCUUCACCGUCUCUCUGAGCUGUCCCAAAGCCGUCUUCCCCAAUAUCACUGCCGACAAACUCGAGGCCAAACUAACAAACAUUCAACUAGUGUCAAAGGAGGAGCAGUUGUAUCGGUCAAAGAGCUCGCAAGCAUACACAGCAUACACCAACCCUAGCUAUCACUUGUUGUGUGAGCUCAUUGUGGACAAGUACCUGCACAACAAUGACAAGCCAGAACAUACAUCCAUUGCAUCUAUACCCAUGGAGCUCAACUCACUACCACUGUUACUGCUGUUCACGAGAUACUUAACAUACAUUGUCAACAACAUGGAUGGAAGGAAUGAGCUCAAGAUACACAAGAGCUACGGACGUCUAGCUCAGCUUCAAUUCCAAGACAACUCUUGGGCUGACGAGUACUCAAAGUACCAAAAGGCACUCUCAGGUAGGAAGUGUGGAGAGAUACAGGAGAGAAUGUUUAAGAUGGGAUCGGAUCAGAUGAAUGAGAAGUUGUUCAAGUCGACUCAAGUGGAUUAUGAGACUUACGCCGAGAUAUUGCUCACUCACUUUGAUAACAAGGUGGCGUCAUACAUUGAGCUCAGCAAGCAGUCAGAGAAGGAAGCUCGCGAGCUCGAGAGAUUGAAGCGCCUGGUGGACUUCCUCAACAAGGAGUUCUCCUUCCAACAGCUUAUGAGUGGCACCAGCGCCAAUGACACCUCCCUCAAGCAGAUCCAAUCGAUCACACACAAGAUAUUGACGGGCAUGGGCUCAAGCGAUCACACGCUCAGGACAGAGGAGGCGCUCAAGUUCCUCGUGCACUUCCUGGACGUCGACCACAACUGUCUGUUCAACAUCAUCUUCCGAUUCUACAAGAACAACAAGUCGAUUGACAAGAUCGUGCAGCAGACCAAUCGAUUCAUGCAGAACCUGAUCAAAGAGGACACGUCCAUCCCGCUCAACGACAUCUUCAAGGAGAUCAUCGACGCCAAGCACAUUAACUUCAAGAAGGAGCUGCAGGCCAUCUUCAGCUACUUCCACCCCAAAGAAGUCUACGUCGACAAGCAAUCACUCAACGAUUAUAUCGCGCAGGCUACAGCACUGUUUGGUAUUCAAUCAAACAUCAGCUGUCUGUACACGGCGUUGAACAAGACCAAGGACUACGUAAAGGUGACCAACUACGAUCAGGACAGGUUUGAGAUCCAAAAGCUGCUCAACGAGCUGAACAACACAGACAUGACGAUCGAGGCCUCCAAAGAGACCUGUAACAAGAUCACCAAUCUGAUUGGUGGUCUCACUCACAAGCAGCUACAAUACUUCAUCGUGGUCAAUCCAGAGAUGAUUGAGUUCUUGGCCAACAUACAGGGCUUCUCCAAGACCACCGAGGUCAUUACCGCCAACCUCAUCUCGGACGAGUUCAACUCGGACCUGAUCAACAACACCAUUCAUUCAUACAAUGUCUUGCAGCCAUUCAUCCUGCGCUUCCAAUCACUCAACGCCCCACCUGAAGUCCAGAUCGCGCCAUACGAGAGCAUUGCAGAGCUGUGCAAAGAGAUCAUGGGACUGAUCCCCGUGGAUGAGGUCCAGCUCGACUUCUCCCUGAAUCGUGUGUCGUUCACCAACAACAAUAUAUCACACGUGAAGGGCAUCUACCUCUCGGCGGGAGGCACGUACAACUCCGAGUCGAUCCUGCCCACCGUGGCGCAGAUCCUCAAGGGCUCAGAGUUCAUCUCCAAGAGCUCCAAGUGCGAUGAUGGCUCUGUGGGUUGGGUGAUCAAGUCCAACCUGGAGUUCUCCCAGGAGAGGAUUGAGGACUUUAUCCAGGGCCUCAAGAUCAGCGCCAACACACAGAUCAACGACGCAAAGAAGGAACAGGACAGACGGGCACUGAUCGAUUGCUUUGGCACUGUCGUCACUCUACUGCGUGAGAUUCACUUCUUCCACUGCGAGCUGGAUCGCGUCUAUCAUCCCGAGUACCACACUGGCAUCCUAAAGACCACGUUCGCGCAGACCAACAUCGAGUCACUCGAGAUACUCAGUGCUCGUCUAUCCACCCAUCUCAAUGAAUGGAAUGGCCUGAUCAACAGCCUGCCGCCACGUCUCUGGUUGCUACGCGCACACGGCCUAUCAUCGUUCAUCCAAGCCAUCACAUCACUGCUUCAGGCCAGUCGCGACAACAACCAGCCCAUCAAUCAGCAACAGCUCACCGAUGUCCUUUUGCCAUUCAUCAAGUAUUGUUAUCCGAGAUCGGAGAUGUCGCCGGUGGACAUUGAUCGCGUGCUCACUGCCAACGCCAAUCUCCUCGACAUCAAGGACAUCUGGCAAUUCCUCAGGGAUCUGAUCGAGGUGAUCGAUCAAGAUGUCGACGAGGACACACAUCACGACUAUGGCGCCAAACUGGUGCACCUCCAGUCCAAGCACAACCUUUUCAACGUGAUGAUGCAGCUCAACAAUGACACGCUGCCUCACCCCUCACAGAUCUUCUACUCGCACGCGUUCAACAAGGAUGUUGAGUACUUUAUCAACAUCAUGGAGAGUAUGCAAGGCCACACAUUCUUCCUCGUAGGCAUACCCAAGGACCACCUCAAUCAAUGGCUGUCCAAGCAUUACAUCAACCAGGAGAAGAAGUUGGCGCGUGUCUAUAUCAUCGCCACCGACUCCUCGAUGAGCACUGAUCUCUUCAACUUCCUGCCUACCCACAACGAGACCUUCUCGACGGACUGGAAGAACUUCAAGGACCAAUGGGUGGCCGGCCUCAAGAAGUGCAGCGACAUCGACUCGCUCAACCUGGUUGGCGGCCCAAGCGGCACGGGCAAGACCUACUUCAUUCGCUCGCAAUACUCGCCACAGAACAAUCCAAUCAAAGUGUACAUCAGGCCCAACUUUGACUCGGGCUCUCUCAUUGAGCAUCUGCGCAAGCACAAUGUUCGUGCGGCUCAGAAGAAGCGCAUCCUGGUGCACUUCUCCAUCUCCCCAUACUGCGACUUUGACAGCUUCAAUCAGUUCAUCUACCCAAUCAUCAAGGGAGGCUUUGUGUGUGGACAGCGCGUCGGCGAGUUUGUCAACAUCUCAGACAACAUCAUGCUGCAGAUCUACAUCGAGAUUGGUCAGCCCAUCAAUGAGAAGCAGUCAUGCGACGACUACAUCAGCGAGACCAUCCCAUUGAUUGCCAAGCUUGCACAGCGCAGCGAAUAUGCCAACACUGCUUGGGAGCUCACAGACACUGAGCGCAAGUGUAUCUCAUACAUGAAUUACUUGCGCGACGAUGGCAAGCUGCCCGUGUACAAGGACGGCGACACCAUAGACAUGUUCCUCGCGCACCUCAGAGCCAAGUACGAGGACAACAACAACAACGCACCGGCCAAGUACUUCCCCUCGUACCUCUUCAACCCCAGCUUCCUGCUUCAGAAGCACAUCUUCUUCAAGCUGCUGGAGGAGCGUUUGCACUUCCUGGACGACUACAUCAAUCAGUACUUCCUGUUCAAGAAGCAUCAUCUGCCGCUACCCGACGUUACCCCACUCGACCUGCUGACGCAUCUCACGCUCGAGUCUCUCAAACUGUCAGACCCCGACCUAGCGUCUGUUGUCGAGCUCUGGGCCAACCCGCCAAUGAUCACCUCUCGUAUGGUAGACCUGAUCCCCGAUGAGGAGAACCCAGAGAAGAAGAGAAAGAUUGUAGAGAUUGAGUACAUAGACUUCUCGCCCAACCCAGUGCUGAGUGGACGUGCACUCAAGACCCUAAGGUCGGCCAAGCAGCAGCCUGGUGAGUUCCGCGCUACCAUCGCACACUCAUUCGGCAUUGCCUUCCGCACAUGGAUCGUCAACGACUUGUGCCAUCAGUUCAAGUACGUGUUGACGCCCGAGUUCGCAAUCAGAUUGAUGACGCUGCAUAACAAAGUCAAGAAUCAGCGAUCAUUGGUGCUCACAGGAGACACAGGCGUCGGCAAGACCUUCAUCCUACUCUUCUACUCACUGAUGAUCAACGCCAAGAAUGACAAGAUGCCAGACAUCCUCUACGACCUCAAGGAGCGAAUCAACAACAUUAUCGCCAAGAACAGUGUCAAUGGCUUUGAGCUCAAGGGCGUGAACAAUGUCAAUCGCGAGGAGCUCAGCCGUCUGCCAGGUGAUGCAUCGCCUCACCAGAUCAUCACAGCCAUCAAACACUUGUGUGACUUUGAGCCCAAGUUGCCAGUGCCCCCAGCUCCCGCCGCUGCGACUAGCCCAAAGGCCGACGACCCACUCGCUCCCAAGACCAACAAGCUAGUACAGGAGAUGUUGUUCGGCGAGUUUGAACAAUUGAUCAACUAUCAACUCACAAAGUUCAAGUUGAUUGAUGUGUCCAGCCCACUUCUCCAAGGCAUCAAGGACAAGAAGCAAGCAAUGAUCACAAGCAAGGCGACCUUGGUCGAGGCAAUUGAACAGAUCUGCUCGGUGAAGUUCAAGAACCUGUUCCAUCGCAUCAUCAUGCAUGAGAAGUUCACAAGCAAAGAGUUCAAGAUCGCUGUCACAGAGUUCAUCGCACAGUCCAACCAGCUGCGCGAGAUUGACCCGAACCUCAAGAUGGUGGUGUUCAUCGACGAGUUCAACACGAGUCCCAACGAGACUCUGUCGCUCAUCAAUGAGAUCUUUAUCGAUGGCACGCUGGAUGGCGAGAGUAUCAUCCCACACAACAUCUUCUGGGUGGGCGCGAUGAACCCCAUCAAGGAGGCCAAGAACUCAAUCGACUUCUCUGGCGCCCAGCUGACCACGUCUAGCAACUUGGCAUUCAUCGUCAAGCCUCCACCACCAUCAAUGAAGCAGCUGUUCCUCAACUAUGGCACAUUCGAAGCGAUGCACGAAGCACCCUUCCUCGACUCGCUCUUUGCCCUACGCCACGACAUCUGCCCAGACUACUCCACUCGCGACCUCAGGGAUUUCAUCCUUGCUGGCCAGGAAGCACUGCGCAAGAUCAAUCAGGCCAAGACACAUGUCUCCAUUCGUGACAUUAUGCGAGCGAUCGACUUGUAUGAGUUCUUCUACAAGAAUGAGGUUGGUCGCAAGAUCCUCGAGUGCUCUUUUGGUGACCUCUCCGAGAACAAGCAGAUCCUUCAUUGUCUUGCCAUCAUCACAUCGAUGGGCCUCACAUACUACAUUCGUGCAGCACCUGGCAAGCCCCGUAACGAGAUUCACAGUGCGUUCAACAAGUUGUACGACACACAGUUCACUCCACAGGCUGUCCGCGGCCAGUUCAGGAACUACUGCGACAUCUUUGAUUACAUUGUCAACAGCUUCUGCCGAGAUGGAAUGAUUGCCAUCCCCACUGGAAUCGCCUCCACCGAGGCUCUCAAGCUCAACAUCUUCUGCAUUGCUGUGGCGAUCAACUGCAAGAUCCCCCUAUGCAUUGUUGGCCCACCCGGCUGCUCGAAGACGCUGUCCUUUGGCAUUGUCAUCAACAAUAUGAACGCCAACAAGCAGGCGACCAAGGACAAGUCGACCACGCCCUGGCAGACGAUGCCCAAUGCUGAUCCAUUCCGAUACCAGAGCACACCUCACACCACUGACACAGAGAUCAAGUCGGUGUUUGAGCGCGCACUCAAUCGUCAAGAGACAUACGACAAGUCCAACGGCAAGAACCAUUGUGUUGCGGCUAUUGAUGAAGCAGGUCUCGUGGACGAUCUCAUGUCGCCAAUGAAGGUGAUGCACGACUACCUCGACAAGGUAUCACACAAGAUGGACAAGAGCGCGGUGGACAUUGCUGUUGUCAUCCUCUCAAACAAGGUACUUGACGCCGCCAAGACCAAUCGUAUGAUGAUGCUUGUGCAUCCAGCCACGAUCACGCCCGAAGACGAGAAGGCCUUGGUCAUUGGCUGUCUGUUUGGCAAUCACAGGCUCACAGUUGUUGAAGAUCAGAUCUGCAUGGCUCUCUGCAAGUCAUAUCGCGAGGUCAACAAGCACAGCCAAGACACAAAGGAGAACAUGUUCCACCAGCGUGACUUUGUCUUCUUCCUUCGCCAUCUGGAGCGCGAGAUCAAGCUCAACAAGGGAGUCUUCUCGCCCAAGGUCUUGCUCAACUCACUCGAACGCAACUUUGGCGGCAUCCCUCCUCAGCAGUUCAAGGCGCUCGCCUCUGAGUUCUUCAAGGACCUCAGCAAGGUCGCGGGCUUUGACAAGAAGUGUUUCGAGCUGUUGGAGCGCGACAACACAAUCCUGCGCAUUAAGGAGUCGCUCCAGGAGGUUCUCAACUCCAAGGCGGAUCCCAACAUCGCACCAUUCCGUUACAUCAUGUUGGUUGAUCCCACCGAAAAUGAGUCAUCUCUGAUGGCUCUCAAGGAGUUAGGCAUCGAGCACAAGGUGAUCAGAGUGGGCUCGUUCGAGAAGGACACCACUACGGAAGCCCUUGUCAACGUCGUGUCACAGGUCAAGACCAUGAUGGCCAAGGGUGGCACGGUUGUGCUUGUCAACACCCAGCUGAUCGAGGCUUGUUUCUACGACGUGUUCAAUCGCUACUUCUCGCUGCUGCCCUCAGCGUCGGACGGCACGAUGAACUUCAUCGCCAACGUCUCGUUUGGCACACACUCUAUCUUCUGCCCUGUGCACCCCGACUUCAAGAUCAUCGUCCAUCUUCCUCUUUCCAGGAUGGCCCAGACACAGCUGCCCUGGCUCAACCGUUUCGAGAAGUACUACCUCUCAAUCGACAACCUGAUCAACUACUUCAUCGAGGUCAACGAGCCACUUCAGUACCAUCGCGAGUUCCUCGAGAAGCUGAAGCGCUCUUCACAACACUUUGUCGACAGCUUCCACACGGGUGUCAGCAAUCAAUCAUUGUUGGCUGGUUUCUCACCAAAGGAGACUAUCUCCUCGCUCGUGUUCUCGACCGCCAAGGACAUACUCAAGAAUGGAAAGCCCACUAUCACGCCACAGCGUAUCUCCAACGAUCGUUUGGAUGAGAAUGCAGUGACGUCAGAGUACCGCCUGCUCAACUGGAAGCUGCUGCAGAUAGCUCGUCCUGAGAGUAUGUUCAAAUGCACCAGUCUGCCGCAAUCAUACAUGGAGGAGUACCUCCUGCGCCAGGAACACUUCAACCUUCUACGCUUCUUCAAGACGCUGUUCCACCAGAAGUACGCGCUGGAUGAUCAGACUCGCUCAAACAAGUGGGUCAUGUACACCAGGACGUCUCUCACCCUCCACCGACUCAAGGACCACAUGGACAAGUUCGUCAAGUACCUUCUAGAGAACAUCUUUGACCAGGGCCAGGCACAUGUGGGCGAAGGCAUCAUCAGCAUCAUACAGCUGGGUUCAUUCAAGACCAGCUUCGACUGCCAGAACGAGAUCGAGCGGUUCAAGGAGUCAAUGCAGGCCAAGAUCUGCCUUGUGAUCGCAGACAUGUCCACGGUCAACCAGCACCAGACCAACUACAUCAUCGACCAGUUCAGCGAGCUGGAUCCAUCAAAGAUGUUCAUCAUCAUCUGCCACUACCCGCCAGAGUUUUCGCUAUACAAUCAAACAAAGCUCAACUCGCUCUUCCUCAAUGGCAUGGAGUUCAUGUACGUCGAUUCACUCGGCCUGCAGAUGGACGUCAACGCCCCAGAGUCCUCGACACUCGAUGUGGACAUUCGAACUUGGAUUGCCAAGGCAUAUGGCGUGCCGACACGAAUCGACCCCGUCUCGAUCGAGGAGUCGUUCAAGGACAUGUUCAUGAAGCAGCUUGACGACGUCACCGCCACGAUGCUCAAUCUGUCUGGCGUGCCAUUCAACGCUGAGAGUCUGCGCAAGAUGUUCAACGCGCAUCCAAUCUGGUACAAACAGACACUCAACAAGGUCACGCGCAAGUGGACCCAAAAGAAGCUGUUCCACCGCAUCCUCACAAACAUCUCCAACCUCAUUCUCUCGGGCAAGCUCGUCCACUCCUUCCUGGACUCGAUCAAGAACUCAAUGACGUCCUACGUCUACCCAGUCGUGGCCAAGAUCGUCGAGAUGCUCACCAACUAUGGCGCAUUCCGCCAGGUGUCUCGUCUGCCUUCAUCGCCAGCUGAGGGCCCUGAGGACCUGCACGAGAUGCUGGUGUUCAACUUUAUCAAGGGUGUCAAGGUGCCAAUGAUCUCUGAGAAGAUUGAAACCAGGUUCGAACCCAUCAAACUCUCUCGCUCGCCCUUCCUCUACUCGUCCAAGCUCCCACUCUAUGAUUCAAUCGCAGCGGCCAUCAAGACAAUCUUUGAUCAGACGCUCAACACCCAUCCCAACAGAGGUGUGGACUUCAUCAAUCAACAGUUCGUUGAAAGAGUCGAGCGCCACCCGAUCGCCUCGCUCGUCCGACACAUCAACACCAAUGGACAACUGUUGUGCGAGUACCAGGAGGAUUAUAUCAUGCGCACGAUGAAGUUCAACGACAGCACCUGGAUAUCAGUUGUGCGCAUGGCCAUGCAGAAGCUGCGCCCAGUUCAAAUCGACAACAUACUGAUGUUGACCGUGUGCAACCACUUCCACAUCAACGAAAUCUUCUUCCUCAAGAACAUGGUGUCGCCUCUGUUGAAGUUGCAGACUGGCGACGACAUCAUGCAGCAACUAGAGAAUGGUAUCAAAGUUGUGGCGCCCCAGCAGACCAAGUUGAUGAUCGCCACGCUGGCCAUCGGCAUCCUGAGCAAGCACAUCCAUGCCACGAGCCGCGGCAUCCAAGGAAUGAUGGACACGAUCAAGGAGACCACGACCAAUUGGUGCAGCGUGAUCCGCGAGAUGCUCAACCGUGUAUCGGUCGAGGACAUCAUCUUGAAGCAGCAGCCAGCCGACGUCACCAAGUUCUUCCAUGUCUUCUCCACAUACAACAUAUGUGUGAGCAUUGCCAUGUCCUGUCCCCAGGAGCACAUCCAAGCGUCGUUGCUCAAGACCUACAAAGAGAUUGGCACGCAGCGAUAUGAGUCGUGUGAUAUCCUCGACACGUUCGCCGCACUCUUCCACCAGCUCAACGAAUCACUGGUCCGCGAUUGCCUGCCCCGCAUCGGUACACCCUGCUUCCUGGACAUUGUCGAGCCAUUCGUGCACUCAUCACCCCACAACCUUGGCAACAUGCUGAAGCUGUGCAAUCAUGACCCGGCCAAGUUUGGCUAUGGCUUCGUCAAGGAGAUACCCAUUGGAUGGUUCGCCACCCUGUUCAAAAGAAACAUGCAGAACAAGAUCAAGCAGUUUGCCAAUCAGUACUUCAAGGAGCUGGCCAUCACAACCGUCCACAACCCAUCCAUUACUUCGAUGUUGGAUGCGGCCAAUCCAUUGUCCCCAUCAAUGCUUCAGUUGCUUGGACAACAGCAAGGUCAGAACGCGUUGAACAUCGCUCGCAAUGGCAACCUGGUCAACGUGUUCUACUUUGUCUAUUUGGACCAAUUCAGGGAGACGAACAGCCCACUGAUCAAUGAUAUGCUCAAUGAUUGGGUCAAGUUGGACAAGGAGACAGACACAUUGUCCAAGAUCAAGCGGGCGGCCCUCAGCUCAUACCUCAUCGAGAGAUUGGCCACAAUGUUGAACGUCAACAAUAGUUUGCAGGACUUCAAGAUGUUCUUGGACAACAACAAACCAUUCGCGACACACUUUGCUCAACGCCUGUUCCACAUCGAUGCAGCCAAACCCGUCGAGGAGCAGAACAACGCACGAUGGAACCAUGUCUACUUCCUGAUCAAGGUCAACUCGUCCAGCACACUGACUGAGCUGCUCAAGGCCAAUGAUGUGCUGGCAUUGCUCGGACUCACACAUCUUCACAUCUCGCUCAACAUCUCAUUGAAAGAGUCCACCUUAUUCUCAUUCAUGGUGGACGAGGCUUCGGAUGAUGGCAAGAUAUUCAAGCAGCUAAAGGACGCAAUUGCAAGGUGCGCGACCAAUGAGGUCAUCGCAAUGGUGAACUCAUCGGUGGGCCAGCCCAGGAAGUGCGGCUUCCUCCGCAUGGCGCUGUUCCUGAUCACCUAUCAGCGCUACCACGAGUCCCAGCCACUCAACACAAUCUCAUCGCUGCUCAGCGACUCCAGCGUGGUCAAGCCACUCGGCCUAGAGCCCUACAAGCGAUACUAUAUGAAGAUCAUACAGAACACAUUCGAAGGCACAACGCUCGACGACAUACUCAUCAACAAGCCCAACAAGUCCAAGGGCGAGAUCGUCAACGCACAGCUAUUGGUCAACUUUGUGGCAGCAUCCAUUGGUUCGUCCAACAAGACAUAUUUGUACCACCUCACCAACAACUAUCCCACGGUGGUAGCCCAGUUGUUCCCAGCGAACGAGUAUCGCAAGUUUAUUGAUUGUGGAAUGGUAUAUCGAACAGAUGACAAGGCGGCCGAGGGCAACGAUGCCGAUGCCAACAAGACCAAAGCAAUGAAGGGCAGGAUCAUCGACAAGAACAUCAUCGCCGCCUCGAUCUGGGGCACAAUGGCUUGGACAUGCAAUCGCAUCACGAAGGACGAGGAGCUCACCUACCUCACGGAUCGCACCGUGCACUUUGCCAACUACGUCGAGCCCAAGACCGUGGGUGCGCUCACCAACUAUGUGCUAUUGCGAUCGCUCACCCCGCUUACAGAGAUCUCAUUCAACAAAGAGUUGAUCGACGCCAUGGUCGAGCCCAAUCAUCUGAUCACAGAGAUUGUGUUGGCCGUCUGGAACGAUGGCUACACGAACCAGGACCCGCGCCUCAUGGCCUCAUACAAGUCUCUCGGAGACCUGAACGCAUAUGAGGACUACCUCGUGGAGCUGAUCGAGGGCAUUCGCAGGAACUAUCAGGUGCUCAAGGGACGCCUCAAUGAGGUGGCCACCAGCCGCUCGCCCAUCUUGGCCAGCACAAUGAAGGUGCGAGAGGAGGUCUCGACCAUAUUCAACAGCCCCCUAUUCCACUAUCAGUUCAUCCACGAGACGAUCUCGCGAGAGGACCAAACCGAGCUGCUUCAGUUCUUCAGCGCCAACAUCUCGACCAUCUGCGUGUCCAAGUACUUCUCGGACUUUGUCACCUUCCUGCACACGUUCUACAAGUACUUUGCACGUCGUCUGCCCUCAGACUAUGUGAACCGCACCAUUGGCGACUGCAUCAGCUUCCUCGAGCAGCAGGGCAUUGAGAACGAGAAGGACAUCAUCGCGUUCAGAAACAUGUGGGACUCCACCAAGAAGUCCUACGUCGAGGUGCACAAUCAGAUGAACAUGCUCGAAGGUGGAUGUCGUGCGCGCCAAGCCUUCGAGAAGGUGGUACUGGACGAGCUCAGCGACGACGUCCUGGUCGGCACGCUGCUCUACAACCGCGACAACGCAUCGGAUGGCCUGUUGAUCAGUCUGAUCGACAAUUGGAUGGCAAAGAUGCAGGCCAAUGCGAUACAACUACGUGACGACAUUGUUGAGAAGACAGGCAGCGAUAUGUUCCGCGCGAUCAUUGAAGGCGACCACACAGACGACAUUGGCAACAUCUCAUUCGGCUUUGGCGAGAACUUCAUGCUCAUUGGAUCAAACAUCGACGUGUCCCACUUCCAGCAAUUCAUGUACAACUCGUUUGCCAAGUAUCAAUCAUUCGAUCGCACGUCAUUCAAGCCCGACCUGCGCACAAUCGAGAACCAGCUCAUCAUUCUCUUUGCCUCGGGCAAGAUCCUCCCAAGUGGCACUCACUUCUCCCAUUACAAGACAGACUUCCCCUUCCUCGUGGACAUGCCCGCCGACCCCAACGACCUUCUCCUCGACGGUCCAGUCAAACUGCUGAUACCCGAGUCUCUCAAGGAGUUGAUCGAGAUCAAGAGCGCGCUCAACACCCAAGUAUUUGGCCUAGAGUGCCUCAAUGAGAACGUGCGCAUCCAGUUUGUUGGCAAGUGCUCCAAGCUGCACGCCGAGGAACUCGAAUCAUUCUGUCGCUACCUCGUCUCGCUCAUCCUUCGCACGAUCCACGUUCAGAAUCUGGACGCCCUGCAGGCGCUCACGAUCGCCGAAGCCGCCACGACCGUCCAGCUUCACAACAAGGCUCCAGCCAGCGUAAUCCAGCUGCUCCAAAAGAUUCCGGCCGUGUGCCUCAAGGAGGUGGUCGAGCUGUUCAAGCAGAUCUACCUCGGCUUUGGCUACCUAUACGCCGACACGAUCGACGAGCCCGUCAAACCCGACCCAGAAGUUCUCGAGCACUUCACAAAGAUGCGCGACAACCUGUUCUCCGAGACCAACUUCGACCUGGACAAUCACAUUCACAAUAGAUUGAUUGAAUGGGUCAACUACCUGCAGGACAUCAUUCAGCGACUUCAAUCACCCAAGUGUCGCGAGGAACUCAAAAAGGUGCAGGCCGAGUCCUCACUCCUCGACCAUGUUGGACGCUUCCUGCGCAACAUGAACUAUCAAUCACCAUCUGCCAUCUACAAGGACUACCAACUGAUGACCGUGUGCACCACCAAGAUCAUCCCUGUGGCCUACUUCCCACUGUUCAUGCGUACCAUCCACGAGGUGCUAUCCAACCUCAAGGUCAAGAGCCACACCAAGCAGACUGAUGAGUGGAAGGAGAUGUUCAUGUCCAACUUUGACGACGAAGUGCCCAAGAAGCUGCCCGUCCCCGACGACGAAGAUGAGGACAGCGAGCUUGAGGAGCAAUACAUUUUCGGCCAAGAUGGCGCUGAAGGUCCUGACAUGCCCGUGCCAAAUCCCGACGAUGUGCCGAUUGCCGAGCCCGAGGAGGAGGAAGAGGAGGAGAGUGUCGAGGAGGACGAUGAAGAGUUGGAGAAGUUCUACCGACCCAUCAAGGAAACUCAAGAUGAGCCCUCGCUCCACUGCUUGCUCAACUGGCUCCGCUUCAUCCCAGGCAACCCACUGGCGAUGAACAAUACGACCAAGCAGAAGGAGUACAGUCAUGUGAUUGAGCGAUUCAGGAACUUCUUCUAUGAGUGCCAGCAAAAGUCCACGACAGAGAUCGACAUCAAGGACCUCUAUGACUUUUUGUUCAAGGAGUCCCUGCUGCCAACUGCAGUGAGCUCGCCAGGCGAGUUCCUCGUCAAACUCCUUGACAACCUGUCCAACAUUGAUGCCAACCUCCUACGACUGUUCAAGUCCACCAUCAAACAGGUGUGUUCCAAUCCGCAAUGUAACCUUGAGAAGUCCUCCACCAGCACGCCACUCUUCAUCGAGAAGUACUGUUCCAGGCUCGAAGCCACCACCAACAUCAGUGAGCUAUUCGCCAAGUGGGCUCAAGAUAAGCAAACAGUAGCACCAAAGACAUGUAAAUGUGGAAUUAGGGAUAAGCCCAAGUUCCAUAUGAAUGAUGCUCCUCAGUAUCUCUUUAUCAGCAUCGGCAGAGAUGUGGACACCAAGAAGCAGUACAACAAGAUCCUCUACAAUGAGCUACUCGAUGUCUCUCAGUACUACAUCACCGAGACAGAGGGUGUCUCAUACUCCUUGCACUCUGUGAUGUGUCAUGAGGACAGCACCGAUGGAAGCAACAAGGGAUUGUAUUCGAUUCAGAUCAAACAACAUUUGGACACUCACUUGAGAUGCACAUCAAAGAUCUCGCUCACUGACAAGUCACAGUUCAAGGACACCAUUGAGUCAAAUGGAGUAUUGUUCAUCUUUUCAAAGGAUGAGUUGUACUCUGGCAAGAGCAAAGCACAGGAUCACUCUGCUCCCAACACUCCACAGCCUGGCACACCAACACAACCUAUAUCUCCUGCCCCAGCCAUACCCAUGCAGCCAUUGACACCAGGUCAACAACGCUUCCCAAUACCAAACCCUGUAGGACAAGCUGGUGUUUAUACACCUCAUCAGCAGGCUGCUCCAGUCACUCCCGCCGGUCAAUAUGUUGCCCCACCAGUCGUUCCUCUGGCUCCAUUCCAACCUGCCCCUGCUCCAGCAACAACGACCACGACAACCACGACAACUCAAGCACAGCCUGCUCCCAACAUUUCAGCUAGCUCUGCAGCUGCAUUCAGCCCGAGUAGCACCGGCUCUGGAAUCGCUAUUGGCUCUGGCUCAACAGUUAAUGUGACUGUGAGAUUGGGCGAUGAUGUAACCAACGACACAUUGUUCGAUUGGAUAAGAUCACUCACCGACAUGAUGGACGGCUCAAAGAAGAAGUUGAUUGAUAUGCUCACAAAGAUGGACAUUGACACAUUCAUAUUGGCAAUGGCGCACAACGAGGCCGUGCUAAAGGAGAAGAUGGUGGAGGCUGGCAUGCCAGUAGGUGCCAGGUCAACAUUCAUCAACAAGAUCAUCUACCUGAAGACCAGACCACCUCGCUUCAUCACAGAUAUCCAUCAAUCAAUUGAUCGCAAUUGGGAAGAUCAACAACUGUUUGAAUGGAUGCGACUUAUUGGACUGCACUCUAGCCGUAUGGGUGGAUUCAUCAACCAACUGGAGGAGCAAGAGAUUGUUUCGUUCUCCAGCGCCAAUGGAGAUGAUUGCAAGGACACCUUCAAAGCCUGUUUCCCCGAGACAUACUAUGCUCACAUCAACUCCUGUCUACAGAACAUGUUCAUGAAGCAGGUCAACUCUACUAUCUGA